UACAACAAUAUCGGUCUUUCGACGCCUCGAGGCACUGGUACGAACGGAUAUAUCCAAACAAACAGAUCAAAUCUCAAACCCAGAGAUCCCAACCGGGACCGCGGGCUACGUCUUGCUGCGAAAGGAGAGCUGGACACGGAAGAUGAUAUCAAGAGAGACGCACGAAGGAGGGAGAUUUCGAAAGAUAUCAAGGAUCAUGAGAGUGCUCGGGAGAUUGAAGUGAAGUGUAUGGAACUUCGGGUUAUGCUCGAGGACGAAGACGUUGCCGAAGAGGAUAUCGAGAAACGAGUUGAGGAUCUGAGGAAGACUUUACUC